GUCAAGAAGUAGCAGAAGAUUUGGUGGUGGGAAUAGGUCACAGAGGAAGCUGCAAGCAGAUAAAGAGUUGUUGCAUAUUCAAGCUUUGUCUCUUGCAAUUCAGCAUCAUCAACGGUGAGUUGUUACCACCACCACCCACCAUCGCCACCGUCAACUUACCACCACCACCACCAUAACAUCAGCGGCGGCAGCAGCAGCGACAUCAGCGGUGGCGGCAGCAACUGCAAUUGCACGUCUGCUCUGUUCUUCACAGUUGUUGAUGUGAAUUGGAGUCUCCGGUCACCGGAAUUUGAUUCUGUUUUGAUUAAAUUUGUCAAUGCUUUGGAGGUCGUCAUCUGGCUUGCGCAUACAAUAUACUACGCAUGCGAGCUAUUGAUUCGAAGGGCGAAUUGGUCCCUCACUUGUAUUGCAUUGGUAAUGCUAAUGGAAAUCAAUUUGGUCGGGUUAACUGUGGUUGUUGAUCAAUCAUUCAGGUCAAGUUGCAAACAAGCAGGGAGUUGUUUUGGUGAAGGGAUGUUUAGACUUUUGGUUUCCAGCAUGAACCAGGUAAGUAACUCAUUUUAUGGGUUUAGAACCGCUGAUUUUGAGCUAAUUUGCUGCAUGUGUGCAUAAUGUGUUUAAACCCUAACAAAUGGAGAUGAUUUUGGGACUGUUGUGAGUCAAGGUGAAGUUGAUUCUAACCUGAUAGGGGCUGCUCACGAAGGUACUGAUUGGAGUCACAAUUUUCAGCAGUUACGAGCAAGUUGUGAGGCUGUUUCGAACCGGUUCGGGACUACUAUGAUAUGAAGGUUGCAAGCUCUUGGUUUGCAUUGCUUUGGUGGAGGAAUCGACCCCUGAUCGAUGAUGGUUUACAAGCGUAAAACUGAACUGCAGAAACCAUCAUUGAUGAUGCUCAUGCUACCUCUCAAGGCUGCUUGUCAAGUUGGCUGGUUUUCAGAUGCAGAUAAACAUGGUCUCCUUAUGAUAGCGAAGGAGGUAAGCUAUGGGUUCUCCAGUACAGACAAAAUGAAUAUAGAACCAAGCAAUGCACAUUCAUGUGUGUCAAAUAUAGUCUCAAGAUUCUAUCCAACAAUGAAAGUUGAACACAUACUUACUUCAUUUGAUGUUGAGAUUGUGCUAUUAUUGAGAUGUCAUCGCGGAUUUCGCUUUACUGUCCCAUUAGUCAACAACGUAUAAAAACUCCUGUCAAAGGCCAUCUCUGCAAGUAUCCCCAGUGCUUUGAUUACAACCACUUUAUUGAACUCAACUCCGCUAUACCUACAUGGAAAUGCCCUCUCUGUAACAACCCAGUCUACAAUCAAGAUUUACGCAUCGAUCAAGAUUUUCUCAAG